AAUCACCCCCACCUCCACCUCCACCUCCACCCACGUCCACCUCUACCUCCACGCCUACAAUAAAACAGGUACCCCUCACACAGAGUGUCUAAGGCACAAGGUGGUGGAACAGAAAAAGAAAAAUGCAAAGUUCAGGUUCAUUCUUGAGGCAGUUUAGUGGAAAAGAAGGGUGGAAAUCUAGAUCAAGGAGGUGGGAUGGUGGUGGAAACAACCGGAGCUGCGACGGUGGUGGGUGGAAGGAAAGUCUGAAACAAAUGGAGGGACUGAACAAUAUGUAUAGAAAUGAGAAUGGAAUGCUUAAUGGAAUGAAGAAAAGAGUAAUGGUGGUGGUGGAUCAGUCUUCACAUUCAAAACAUGCAAUGAUGUGGGCACUUACUCAUGUUACUAAUAAGGGUGAUAUUCUCACUCUUCUUCACAUUGUCCCUUCUUCUUGCAAAGGCUCCACCGCCGCCGACGCCGGAGGUUGUGAUUGUGGUAACUCUCCUUACCUUGCCACCACACUUGGCUCACUUUGUAAGGCUUGUAAGCCUGAGGUUGAAGUAGAAGCAUUAAUGAUCCAAGGUCCAAAGUUGGGCACCGUCAUAAGCCAGGUGAAGAAGCUUGAGGUGUCUGUGCUAGUCCUAGGUCAGAAGAAACCCUCCCCAUUACUCAAUUGCCUCUGCCUGAAGAGCAGCACAGAGGAAUUUGUAGAACAGUGCAUAAAUGUGUUGGAUUGCUUGACAAUUGGAGUAAGGAAGCAGAGCAAAGGAGUUAGUGGGUACCUUAUCAGCACCAGAUGGCAUAAGAAUUUCUGGCUUUUGGCUUAAAUUACUGCUUAAUUUAGAUAAGUAUUAUAUUGGGAAAUAAUUACUUAAUUGUAGAAAAUGUGUGUUCACUUGCUCCGUCUAAUUCCAAAGAACAUUAGUAUGUAAUUCUACCCUAACUCCUAGCUAGAUUCAAAAUCGCACUUAAAAUAAACUAUACCCUCUUCCAUGUCUUCAUACUA